CCCAAUCUCUUACAAAUGAAAGACAUACCUGUUAAAAGCAAACAUGAGCGUCUCUGUGACACGCACAUAUCAGAAGAAAAAUGAGGGCAGUGGUAAGGGAUUCAGACAACAGAGGACGUAUGAUUAUUUGUACGACCCAGUAUACACACUGUCAGCUGAUGUGGAUCAUGCCAGGGAAAACCUUCGAGCCCAUGCCUCAGUUGAUCGAGUGCGGAAGGUCCCUGAGUUUAACUCCAUGUUUAGUAAUCUGCCACAUCACCCCCGUUUUACCUUGCGCCUUGAAGCCACUGACCCUGUGCCUGCGUUCAUUGAUCGGCGUUGGCGGGGCUAUGCAGAACAGAAGAGACAGGCCCUGCAGCGACUGACAGGGGUUGUGUCUCAGAUACAUAGACCAAACCAUGCAGAUGUGACAGGAACGGACCGCUGGAAGUUUUUCAAACGUCCUCUUAUUCCUUUUGCUCAACAGAUUCCUCCUGAUGUUGUAUUUGCUUUGCCAAAAUCUGACCUCCUUUCUGCUUCGGAUGGAGAUGAAAAGCGGUCCCCCACUCCGUUCCAGCGGAGCGUGGGAGUUCAGACUGAUUAUCGUGAGAGUGAGACACAAACAGACCCUUUCACUCCAGACUAUGCAGUUCGUCCUGGGACAGCCCCCCCUGAGCUGCUCACACUGGCCACACUCACAUGGGGCCAUGGGCUGCCUGCAGGGCUGGCAGAGGUAGAGAUGAUUGAGAGGGCAAGAAUAAAGAGAGCUUGGGAGGCAACUCUGCCCCCGCUGAAUGACCUCUCUCAGCUGGACAAGAGGAGAAGGAUGAUGGAGGAGAUGGAGAGGAAGGAGUGGGCCUUCAGAGAGAAGGAGAUUGAAAAGCUGCAGGAGGCACGGCUGACCCUGCUGGUCCAGCUUCUGCGUCAGAGGGAGGAAAAGCAGGAGGAGGUCAAGAUGGAUCGACUGGAUGUGAGCUUUUCCCAGCACCAGCAGGAGAAGGAGGCGCGACUUAAGAAGAUACGCAAUGACUACGUCAUUUCAAUGCGUAAGCUGCUGGCAAAACGGAGGAAUGUGGAGGGAAAGCUGGAGAGACGUGAUAUUAUAAAGGAUUACUCAGAUUAUGGGUUUCAGACAUAUGCACCUCUUUCACGGAUUGGCCAGAUCCCUGACCGAAAUUCCAACCGCAACGUGGUCAAGAGUCACUUUCUUAGCACGUAUGAAGGUCUGUUAGAACUGGAGGCAGGUCUUUCUCCAUCUGUCAUGGAGCCUCGAAUCAAAGCGCCAAGACCUAAAGUGACUAAAGGCUUCAUCUCACGCUCAGCCCGCAGAGAACUGGAGCUCAUGAAGACUCAUCAGGCUCUGAAGGAGGAAAAGGGUUGUGUGAUGGAAAAGAAGCCACUGCGGUUCCUCUUUAAGACGGAAAAACCUGUUCCACGACCUCCAACCCCUGCAGUGGAAGACCCCCCAGAGGGAGAUGAGGAAAGGGAAUUGGCCAUUAUCUUUCUGCAGAAAGUGCUCAGAGGAAGAUCCACACAGAAUCAGAUGUUCGAGGGAAAACAGAGACGUUUGGAACUGAUUCAAGAACUGCGCACCACCCACGCACUGCAGAAGGAGGAACAGGACAAAAAGGAGGCGGAAAAACAGGUCACACUCGCCCUGCAGAGACAGAGAGACACCCAAUCUGAAAGAGCUUCUCAGAUUGAGUCCAAUAUAGCUGGCCUCUCUGGAGGGGUGAUAGUGGACAUGUUGGACUUUCUAUCUAAAGAGUUGGUCCGCCUGCAGGAGGAAAGGCGAAUGCAUGCCUUUACUCUAUUGGCUGAGAGAGACCGUCGUAUUCGUGAGGCUGAGGAGAGUGGAAGGAGACAGAUAGAGGAAAGGAGACGCAGAGAGGAGGAUGAGAUAUUUAAACAGGCGGUCAAGGUACAUCAGGACACAGUAGACAUGUAUCUGGAGGAUGUCAUCCUGGGCUCCAUUAAUCAGACAGCUGAUGCUCAGGCCAGAGAGGAGAUUCACCGCAAGGCUGAGGAGCUGAACAACAUCACCUAUGCCAUAGAGGAGACGAGGAACAGUCAGCAGUCUGAAGAGAUUGUGGCAGAACUUGUCUACAGAUUCCUCAUUCCUGAGGUCCAGAAGAGUGCUGUCAAAGAAAGAGUUCGCCAGAGUCAGAAAAGGCAUCUGCAAGCAGCUCGUUCAGUCAUCAGUGGCAGCCCUGGAUCUUCUGCGGUCUCCCAGCCCCCAUUUCCAUCAGACAGAGCCUCCUCAGCGGUCCUGAAUGACAUACUCAGCCAAGUAGAGGAAGCCGUUCCCAGAACUGUGACCCCAAGAGACCCUGGACCAACACAAAACAGUCUGACCAGUGAUCCAACAGCAGACACUCCAAACGGGAAUGGAAAACAUGCAGAUUAAGCUUACGAGCAGUAAUACAAAACAUUAAAUUCUUGACUUUUACAAUAGUCCUAUAAACUGUAUUUGUUUGAUUUGAUUUUUUCUAUACCGUACUUGUAGAGACAGAAUGAGUGAAUGAAAUUUAAAGGAACAGCUGGAGUCCAAAGUUAAUGGUUACGCAAUAAAAACAGCAUCUAAUUUCUCAGUAAGUGCCACUUUUUCCACUUUACUAAUGGAACACAUCAAAGUCUGUAGAUAACUCGAAAAGCAAAGUUUAAGCGUAGUUUAAAAGCAAAUGCUUUUAGACAUCUUCAUUUUCAUUUGUGGGGGGAAAAAAUCAUAAAAGACCAUCAUUUGGAACAAUUUCAGGUAGGUAUAGCCAGUAAUAGUCUGGGUGGUAUUUUCAGUGACCAUUAGUUCCAUUAGAUCCUGUCUUAGAAAUGGGCUGUAUCUCCUGAAAUGAUAGACAGAAUGAUGAGGGAGAUUUAGCGGGCCUAUUAGUCUGUUUUUGCUUAGCACAAUUGAGGAUCUGUAGAUCUUCUGUUCCUUCUUAAACCACUUAAAUUGUUUGUGAACCUAACCUGUUCAAAGCUUUUACUUGAUGAGAGCUCAAAUUGCAAUCCUACAGUCAUACCUGUCUGAAUAUCUGGAUCAUCCGUAUAAUCCACUUCGUAGAACACCAUGCAUCUAACUGAACAGACAGGCAAAAGGAAACAGUUUAGCAUUCUUAAAGGAAAUAUCAGUAUCUUCAGUGUGAAAAAUUGAAGUCUUGUGUAACUUCACUUUUUUUGGCAGAAAUAGUAAUAGUAUGCUAUUCCAAAUUCUGCACUUGUCUAAACGCAGUGUGAAGAAAGACUAUAAAAGGUAAAAGAUGAAGUGUGUACUUUCUCUGCCACUUUCUCCUUUUGCUGUGACCAAACUAAAUGAAACUGUUCGAUUUGUGGCCUUAGUUUGUGAUUUUAUACAUCACUACACUAUUGACAAUGAAUUUAAAAAUUAUGUUAUCU